CCAGGAGCUUCAUCGGCUGUCCUACCACUCUCUUUCGACUUCUCCUCGAGCUCCCCCCCUCCGUGAGGCCCGUUCGUUGGUUUUUUCUCUCCUCCAGCUUGCAGGUUGUGCUCUAGGUUGGAGGUCAUCAUGGGUCUCCUCUAUCCUGCCAGUACUGCUACCGUGUCACUCCUGGUGAUAGGAGGAUACAUGCUAUUCCAUGGAGAUGGCGAACAGUUUAAUGUCGGCCAAUUCCUCGAAUCCGUGUCCCCGUACGCCUGGGCGAACCUGGGUAUUGCGAUGUGUAUCGGUUUAUCGGUUGUAGGAGCAGCAUGGGGCAUCUUCCUUACGGGCUCUUCGAUUGUCGGCGGUGGUGUCAAGGCACCUAGAAUUCGGACAAAGAACUUGAUCUCGAUUAUUUUCUGCGAAGUCGUGGCUAUUUACGGAGUUAUCAUGGCUAUUGUGUUCUCUUCGAAGCUCAACCUGGUGGACAACGACGAGCUUCUCACGGGCGGCAACUACUACACCGGUUACGGACUGUUCUGGGGUGGCCUCACGGUGGGCGCAUGCAACUUGAUCUGCGGUGUCUCUGUCGGCAUGAACGGAAGUGGUGCGGCCCUGGCCGAUGCUGCUGACGCUACCCUGUUCGUGAAGAUCCUCGUCAUUGAGAUCUUCAGUUCGGUACUUGGUCUGUUCGGCCUUAUCGUCGGGCUCCUGAUAGCAGGAAAGGCGACCGAUUUCGGAGCCUAAGGUUGGCGGCGGAAGAUGUCUUCUCUGAGAGAAGACUAGAUGAACCGGGGUGGAAAUCAUCUGUACGACUUGGAUUUUUUAAGCUUCACUUUCUUCUGAUGUUCUCUUAUAUACCGCAUUGAGGCGUAUGGAAUCGACUUGAACUGUAGAGUCUUGGGAAUGCGUGAAUAGCGUCAUGAUUCCCGCGAAAUUGCUAUGAUGUUUGAAGAGGUGGUGUACAGUAACAGGCGUCGGGGAUAAUGGACGUACUAAGUAUUUAAAUGCAAU